UGGAGAAAAUAAGAUGACCCACGAUGACUUUUUGCAUGAUGCCCGCAUGCAGCAACAGGUAGGUGUGGUGUUUGGCCAGCAGAUCCUACAGUACACCCAAGCACUGUGCCAAGGGAACUUUGACUACCUGGAGCGCCUGCCCAAUGACCUACUGCUCCAAAUCCUGGCCUUCCUGGAACUGAAAGACGUAGCACAGCUGGCACAGACCACAAAGAGGUUCCACAAGCUCUGCAACUCGCCAGAGUUCUGGGAACAGACUGUGAGGGGUCGCUGUGAUGAGCUCACACCUGACAUGGAGGCCUUAGCCAACGCCAUGGGCUGGAGGAAGAUAUUCUUUGCCUUCUUCAACACCAAAGAGCACCAGCAGUAUGCACAGGGAGGUAGCUAGACACUUAAGACAGUGUUACUCCUCUCAUAAUAAAGAUUUGAGGAAAUGUUACUUUCUCUGCCAGUAGCACAAGAGUUAUUUAUUUGAAUAGUGUGUUGUCUCUGUGUUUAAAAUGCACUAAUCGAUUGAUCUAUGUUAUGUGAAUGUGUAUUUCAGGACUUUUUUAAUUCUCUCUGCAAAAACAAUAAGUGCCAAAAGUUGGUUUCUGUCAUUGCAUUUGAUUUCUAAUCCAGUAUGUUGUAUGCACUAUUUACAAGUAAAGUCAUAAUAUUACUGAAUUCAUGCAUGUUGCAAAGGAAUUGUUGAUGUGUUUAUUAAAUGAGAGUUUAUUUGCCAAA